AUGGGGAAGCUUAUCAAAUUGAUCACGACACUGGUCGUGUUGGUGACGACACUGCAGUAUUAUUGCCAGUCGAAUGGCGGAAACAUAUCAUGCGAACACACACAGGCAGUUUGCCAUUACACCAACCCCAGGGUCUGGAACACGUAUCUGUCUGGGUCUUCUGAUUUAUACAGCAAUAAUAUCAGCCCUAGGUUCAAUGUAUUGGCGCGUAAGUUUGACACGGCUGUCAAGCCUGUCAUCGAUGGCGUUGCCGUGAAAGUUAAUAAUGUGGCUUUACAGCCGGCCUUCAGGGUCAUCCAUUCGCAGUGCAAAAGAUGGCAUUGCGGAAAAUACUACCAGCUGGUGCGUUCCCAAUUGGCCAAGGCUGGGCAGUUCUGUUUAGCCAAAUAUAACUCGCUUGUGAAACCUAGCGUUGACAAAUUCUUCGAUGCUGAACGUUGUUCGCAAUUGCGGGCAACUGCUCUAAAGUACAAGAACCUGGCCCACUAUUAUUGUACUAUCAUUUCAAGACGUAUCAAAUCCAAAUAUGACGCUAUUGUAGGUAACACGGAAGAGAAGCUAUUGAGCGGGUUUGUGAACAAGGAUAAACACGGCAUCCAUGGCUCCGUGACCCGCGAGCCCUCUUCUGAAGACCAAGUCCUAACUGUGGAGACUACGGGAUCUGAAGAAGAAUUAAUAACUUCAACGAGUACCCAGACAGUGGUUAAAACUAUUACACUGGAUCAAGAACAAACUAACGUUGUGGCAAGUCAUGCAAACGAGGAUGAUGCUCCCACAGAAGUUGAAGGCUCGACGGAUGUCAAUGUCAAUGAGCAGGCUCUUUUGCAAGAGGAUUUCGACAUGUGGGGCGAAACCAUAUCGCAAAAGACACAAGACGUGAUCCGGUUGUUCGAAAAGGAUGUUUCUCAAUAUAUAAAUAGUAAAUUGGGCGAUGAAACCAAGAAGUUCAAGUCCAAAUUUCAAGUUUUGGAUGAAGAGUCCAAGAAAUAUUUCUCUAAGAUUUCGCUAGCUAUCAAUGAUAUCGAUUGCAUGGAAGGCAUCAACAGUGAAAACGGAGAGAAAAUUUAUUUUGAGAAAUCCGGUACUACUCAGAUUUCUCAAUACAUCACUAGAGAGCUGGUACGCGAGUAUUUCAAUGAAACUCGGACUGCCUUGGAUGAAUUGACACAUGCCAUGGAAGAAGAUUUGACCCAAAUCACCCAGGAGAUCGAAAAGAAAGUCAACGGAAUCAGAGAGGAAAACGUCGAGGUCUUUGAAGAGUGGGGGGAUAUUAUCGUAAAUGAAUGGUCCAAGAGGAUGGCUUACGUAGACGUUAUCAACGCACACAUGGGUACUGAGGAUGAUGCUACUUCUGAUGAAGAAGAAGCGAAGUCUUCUGCUAACUGGAAGAAGUUUUUGAAGGGCAAAAAACAAAUAAUUGAGUCCAGAGACCAAUUAGCACAUCACCCUGCUAGUUUAUCCCGUGUUAAUGAAUUUAGACAGAGAGUGCAGAGGAAAAUCUUGUCGAUCACCCAAGAAAGUGGCGAAUUUCUCUAUAUUUUAAGAUCGAAGGCCAACCUGCAAUUUCAAGAGCGUGAAAGAAAAGAACGUGAAAAGAUUGCUGCCGAAAAGUUGCAAAAGGAACAGGACCUACUGCAACAGCGAGAAGUAGAACAACAAGACGAAGACUUAUCCUACACGUCCACCUCAACCAUCACAACAACAACCACCAUGACGUUGUGA